AUGUCGCUAAUGUUCAAGACUUGGAACACCAAGUUCAAUGUUGAUACAUUAGGGAUCAUGCGCGGCCGGUACUUCAACCCAGUUUUAGGAAUUGUGUUCGGAGAACGAGCAAUUCGAAACUGUAUUAAAAAGCAGUUUUUAGAGAUCAAGCAGGAAUGCAAGGAAUGCUUGGGUGAUAUUCCCGUCUUGAUGUCAGAAACCGGUAUGCCAUUCGAUAUGGAUGGAAAAAGGGCAUACGAAGAUGGCAGGUAUUAUUCUCAAACCGGAGCACUCGACGCAUUGAGCUACGCCUUGGAAGGAACUGGAAUCCACCACACAUGGUGGUGUUAUACCAGUGUCAAUUGCCAUAAAUGGGGUGAUAGAUGGAACAAUGAAGACUUCUCAUUCUGGUCCCCGGAGGACAGGAACUUGGAUUUUUCGUUGAAUGAAGAUACUAUAUCUAGAUCUGCUCUGAGGAGAUCAUCUGUCGGAAGGGUUACUACCCCAAAGAGAACACCAAGCGCUCGUGUCGCAGUCCCUACUUUGAAACUGACUGUGCAAGAUUAUACUUCAUUGUUGAGAGCCAAAUGUCAGCGAUUGAAUUUGGGAACAUUUGACAAAAUAUAUCCAUCGUCUGCAAGUGAAACCGAAACUCUUGACAAGACAGAAUCUGAUGAUGCUGAGACCACCCAGGAUUUUGAUUUCAGCGAUGCUCAGUCGGUAACCUCAUCCAGUCUUAUUUCACAUAACUCUGAGAAUGUUCAUAAGAAACAUAUAAGGAGAUGUUAUCCCUCUCCAGAUGGUGUCCGUGCUGUUAGUGCUGUAAUUAGGCCGUUCGUUGUGGCACUGUCUGGUGUAUUGAAGGUUGCAGAGUUUGACUUGAAGUCUUCUGCAUUUGCCUUCACAGUAAUUUUGGAUCACAAAUUGGUUGAAAAGAACAUUCCUACAAUUGUCUUUGUGCCAAAAUGGCAUUAUCCGUUCUUGAAUGUGGGUGAUAUAUUUAUGACAGCUGGGUAUGUCAGAUAUAAUGAUACACUAGAGUAUCUUGAGUGGUACCACAAUGACGACAACAAGUCCAAGAGUCCACUGCCACCUGAAUCUUCAACAGGAAACGGUGUGCGCCAACAUUCAAUGGUCAUUAAAAAUAGCAGCGGAACACUUGAAGAUAUGACAGGCAGAGAUCGAGGUUAUUUCACCCAACCUCAAUGCCCGGUGACGUAG